AUGGCCCUCCUCGCCGCCGCUCGCCGCGCCUCCGCCGUGAUCCGUCCUAGGGUCGCGGCCGCGACCUUCUCCUCGACAAAGCGGAGCUCCUCCUCCUUCUCCGUCUGUGCCCUCCGCGCCAAGGUGGACUCCUGCCGCGACGAGGCCACCGUGCACCGCACCAACGCUACCCCCCUCCGCGCCCACGCCGAAUCUGUCAACGCCACCAUCCACGACUGGGAGGUCAUCGACGUCAUCGACUCCGUGAUGCGGUCCCGCGACAGUGGCCUGGUUGACGGGAUUCCUAGUGACUUCCCAUUCGAAAUCCUCAAAGAGGAGGGGCUUAAAGACAUAACUCUUACAAGAAGUUUGAAGGGUGAGCAGAUUGAGGUCGUGGUUUCCAUGCUCAAACCAGACGGGGACGAGGAGGAAUCCUCCGAUUCUAGGUAUACAUCGGAUGAAGACGAAGGGGACAGUAGCAUGCCUCUCAUGGUCACGGUUUCCAAGGCCGAUGGAUCAAACCUUAAAUUCACCUGCACUGCCUAUCCUGACAAUGGCAACAUCUUCAUCGAUACCUUGUCCGUGAGACUCCCACCAUCAGGGGCCAUGGGACAUGAGGAAGAUGAUCGUGGUUUCAGUGAGCUGGAUGAGACCCUGCAGGAGGCACGCAGUGAGCUGGAUGACAACCUACAGGAGACAUUCCGCAAGUAUCUGGAGCUGCGUGGGGUCACUCCCAUGAACAUGAAGUUGUUGCACCAGUACUUGAUCAGCAAGGACAUACUCUGCAAUCAACUAUGGCUGACCAAGCUGCGGGAUUUCGUCAAGAAAGAUUGACACCGUCCAUAAUCCAUUCUCUCUCUGCAUAAGAUUGGCGACAAUAAAUGUCCUUUGCACACCAUCCUGUUCUGUUUGAGAGCUCUCGAUCUCAUCCUCUAGUGUCUUAAACAAGUACUACUUGCGUACAUGCUUGUUAAGAUACUUUUGUGCAACUAUUUAUCUGACGGCACUACUUGCAAAACC